CUGCAAGCUGCAUAUUUAACUAUAUGAACGCCCUUUGCAAACUCUAUAUAUAUAAAAUUCCUUUGAGGCUGUGAAUUCCGUCGUGUAUUUCUGGUUGCUCUGAUCGUUCGAGAACUGCGUGCAAUCAGGAAAUCUGCACUCAGAAAUUUGGUUUUCGUUCUCUGUCUCGACAUAGAAAAGUUAAGCUGCUGGUUUCCGAGGAUAAACAAGAGGUUUUGAAAAGCAAGCUCAAGUAUCUGCAGAGUUUCUGAAUUGAAUCCGGUUUUUUUGUUCUGUGCUUGGUUUCUUCAGAUCUAAGAAUCAAAGCCAUGGGAGGCCAUAUGAGCAAAAAGGCCCCUGAAACUUCCACGGCUAUCAAUCUCAAUACCAAUUUACAGUACACUAGUGAAUUGAGCUCUUACGAGGCUGCUUGCAGGCUUGAUGCAGACUUGCAGUCCUUUGACACUACCCUCCAAACGCGUACCAAUCAGGUCAUCAACACUCUUGCCGUGGGAGUGGAGGUUCGAGCCCUUUCAUUUGAUUCUUUGAGAGAGGUCACGGAAUGUCUCCUGGAGAUGAACCAGGAGGUUGUUAAAGUCAUCUUGGAAUGCAAGAAAGAUAUAUGGAAGGAUCAAGAACUAUUUGAGCUCGUCGAGGAGUACUUCGAAAAUAGUUUGCAGACUCUAGAUUUCUGUACAGCAUUAGAGAAGUGCUUGAAGCGGGUUCGGGAUAACCAAUUGCUCAUUCUUGUUGCGCUUCAAAAGUUUGACGAAGAAAGUACUGAAAUGGGAGGGAGUAGGUACGGGAGGACAUUGCAGGAGUUGAAGAAUUUCAAAGCAGCUGGAGACCCUUUCACACAAGACUUUUUCCAAAUCUUUGAGUCUGUUUAUAAGCAGCAGAUGCUUAUGCUUGAGAAGUUGCAACACAGAAAGAAGAAACUCGACAAGAAGCUUAAGUACAUUCAUGCUUGGAGGAAGGUUUCAAGUAUGAUAUUUGUUGCCACAUUCGCCGCUGUGUUGAUUUGCUCGGUUGUGGCGGCAGCCAUGGCUGCUCCACCAGUGGCAGCAGCAUUGGCUGCUGCGACUUCUAUACCCGUGGGCUCAAUGGGAAGGUGGAUUGAUUCCUUAUGGAAGAACUAUGAAAAUGCUUUGAAAGGGCAGAAGGAAAUACUUAGCUCCAUGCAAGUUGGUACCUAUGUUGCCAUCAAGGACUUGGACAACAUCAGGGUUCUCAUUGAUCGGUUAGAAAUUGAGAUUGAGUCACUCUUACAGAGCGCAGAAUUUGCUAUUGAAGAAGAGGCCGUUAAGAUUGCAAUAGAGGAGAUUAAGAAGAAGCUAGGAGUGUUUAUGAAGAAUGUUGAAGAUUUGGGGGUGCAAGCUGACAUUUGCAGCCGGGAUAUUCGGCGGGCAAGAACUGUAGUUUUGCAGAGGAUAAUAAAACAUCCUAAUCACUAGAACAUAAAUGAAUCUCCUUGAUGCUUUAAAUCCACCUGCAACUGUUGUUAUGUUAGAAAACUUGUUUUCUUUGUGGUUUAUGAUGAUGAUAUUCCUUGAUCCUUAGAUUGUAUCAUGGAUCCACGCUGUUGGCUUCGUGUCAAGAAAAUAAUGUAAGAGUGCUAGUGAAUUUCACUUCAAGAUAUUGUUUAGGGAACAUGUCUUUUUUUUCUUUUUUGGCUGAUGUACAUUGUUUUGCAAUCUAGUCAAUGAACCCAAAAGAAAAAACAAAAACAGAUUUCUUGUC